GUGAACGUAGAUUUCGCAGACGUGAAAGCGAUCAUGACAAACUCAGGGACCGCCAUGCUUGGAGUCGGGACUGCUAGCGGCAAAAACCGGGCAGAAGAAGCGGCUCAGCAGGCCACAUCGGCUCCAUUGAUCGAGAGAUCGAUCGAAAGAGCCACGGGUGUUGUUUACAACAUCACGGGUGGAAGGGACUUGACGCUUCAAGAGGUUAACCGAGUCUCUCAGGUGGUGACCGGCUUGGCAGACCCCGCAGCAAAUAUCAUAUUUGGUGCUGUGGUCGACGAGAGAUACGACGGCCAAGUUCACGUCACGAUAAUCGCCACUGGUUUCUCGCAAACUUUCCAGAAGACACUGGUGGAUCCCAAAGCCAGUGUGGCUCCGGAAGGAAAGAAGAGCCCAGCAGCGCCUGCUGUGGAGCAGCUCCCAUGGAAGCGUGGUGUUCCCGUGUCCUCCCGGUUUGCUCAAGGUCUCAGAUAAGUAGCUCCAAGGUGUGAUAUAGACAAAUCUCACUCUGGAAACAGCAGCGAGGGAGAAUUCAUGUUAAGUGGAGAAAUCAAGUUAGACAUAGCUACA